GAAGUCCGUGGAGACUUCUGGAUCGGAGUUUUGGAGAGAUUGAAAGUGCGACAUCGCGAGUCGUCGAAUGUAUGGUGGAAACAUUUUGUCCGUGGAAAGUUUGGUAUUUUUACAUCUUCAAAUUUAGCAAUUAAGCGGUGUGUGUGCCCCCAAAACGACCAUCGUAUCAUCCUCAGGCAGUGGCCAAGUGUCGAAAUAUGCAAUUCUAUGUCUAGCAACUCGGAAAGAUUGCAGAGAGAAAGUAUCACAAGUGGUGGCAGGAAGCAGCAGUGCGAGAACCAGACGGUGGUCAAUCCAGUUAGCCUCCAUCCCCCGGCCAAGAGGCACAGGAUGAAUGUGAAGGCGGAGAGUGGGCAGGAGGAAAAGCGUGCCAAUUUCUCUGCCCUCGGCAACUCAAAUGGGGCCCUCCUCAAGAUGCCCACUAACAAUCUGGCCGCCAAGCCGGGCGACAUCAAGAAACUGGUCAUCAAGAACUUCAAAAGCAAGCCUGUUUUGCCUGAAAAUUAUCAGGAGCGAACGUGGGAGAAACUGGAGAAGGCUGUUGUGGCCAUACAGACAUCAAAGUCCAUUGCCUAUUCCCUGGAAGAACUGUACCAGGCAGUCGAGAAUCUGUGCAGUCACAAGAUGGACUCGCAACUGUACAGUAAACUUUAUGCCUUGACUGAGGCCCAUGUCAAGUCCAAUAUUGAGCCCUUCCUUGCGGACACCAUGGACAAGUUGGUGUACCUUAAAAAUAUGAAUGGUUGCUGGCAGAGUCACUGUCAGCUCAUGAUAAUGAUCCGAAGUAUCUUCCUCUACCUGGAUCGGACGUAUGUACUACAGAAUCCGACUGUCCAUUCGAUAUGGGACAUGGGUCUGGAUCUCUUCCGGAAGCACAUUGCACUCAAUAUUCUGGUGCAGAAGAGGACAGUGGAUGGGCUGUUGAUCUUGAUUGAGAAGGAAAGGACUGGGGAUACAGUGGAUAGGACUCUGUUGAAGAAUCUACUGAGGAUGCUGUCGGAUUUGCAGAUCUAUCAGUUGGCAUUUGAGGAUAAAUUCCUCGUGGCCACGAGGCAGCUUUAUCAGGCUGAAGGGCAACGGAUGAUGCAGGAACUGGAUGUUCCGGAGUAUCUGCAACACGCUGACAAGAGGCUGGCCGAGGAGAAUGAGCGAUUGUUGCAUUAUUUGGAUCCAAGCACGAAGCCACAAUUGAUUUAUACGGUGGAGAAACAGCUGCUCAGUGAACAUCUCACGGGGAUUCUACAGAAAGGAUUGGACAGUCUGCUGGAGGAAAAUCGUCUGGCGGAUUUACAGCUGCUCUAUGGGUUGUUUAGUCGCGUGAAGAAUGGAACCGCAGAAUUAUGCUCGAACUUUAAUGGGUAUAUCAAGAAGAAGGGUCGAACUAUUGUGAUUGAUCCGGAGAAGGACAAGAGUCUGGUGCAGGAUUUGCUGGACUUCAAAGAUAAGAUGGACAACAUCGUAAAUUCGUGUUUCGAGCACAAUGAUAAGUUUGUCAAUUCAUUGCGAGAGGCCUUUGAGUUCUUCAUCAAUCAGCGCGCCAAUAAACCCGCCGAACUCAUCGCCAAGUAUGUGGACCUGAAGCUGCGGGCGGGCAAUAAGGAGGCCACGGAGGAGGAACUGGAGCAGAUUUUGGAUAAAAUAAUGGUUCUGUUUCGCUUCAUUCACGGCAAAGAUGUCUUUGAGGCAUUCUACAAGAAGGAUCUGGCUAAGCGUCUGCUUGUGGGCAAGUCAGCUUCUGUGGAUGCAGAGAAGAGUAUGCUGUCGAAGUUGAAGCAGGAAUGCGGAGGGGGAUUCACGUCCAAGUUGGAGGGGAUGUUUAAGGAUAUGGAAUUGAGUAAGGACAUCAAUAUUGCAUUCAAGCAGCAUCUGGUGGGCCAGGAGAAGGAUUACAAUACCAACAUUGAUCUCACCGUGAAUAUCCUCACGAUGGGCUAUUGGCCAACGUAUCCCAUUAUGGAUGUAACGAUGCCAUUGCAACUUGUGGCACUGCAGGGACUCUUUAGCAAGUUCUAUCUGGCCAAGCACAGUGGCCGGAAGUUGCAGUGGCAGCCGACGUUGGGACAUUGUGUGCUGAAGGCGGUUUUUGAUCAGGGACCGAAGGAUCUACAAGUGUCACUGUUCCAGGCGCUGGUGCUGCUGUUGUUCAAUCAAAAGGAUACCCUGGCCUUUGAAGACGUCAAGUCACUUUCGAAUAUUGAGGACGGUGAGCUGAGACGAACACUGCAGAGUUUAGCGUGUGGUAAAGCAAGGGUGAUCACGAAGAUUCCCAAAGGGAGAGAAAUUGAGGAUGGUGACAGAUUUCAGUUUAACAACGAAUUCACAAAUAAACUCUUCAGGAUCAAGAUCAAUCAGAUUCAGAUGAAAGAAACUACGGAAGAGCAGAAGGCUACGGAGGAGAGAGUCUACCAGGAUCGGCAGUAUCAGAUUGAUGCGGCAAUAGUUAGAAUUAUGAAAAUGCGAAAGACUCUCAGUCACAAUCUCCUCAUCAGUGAACUCUACAAACAACUCACGUUUCCGGUUAAACCGGCUGAUUUGAAGAAGCGAAUUGAGUCGCUUAUUGAUCGAGACUAUAUGGAACGUGACAAGGAUAACCAGAAUCAAUACAACUAUGUCGCCUAAAUGGAGAGAUGCCAGCGAGUGUGUAUCCCCUAAUUUAGAGAUGAUGAUGUGAAAAUUACAUUCGUGUGCUGUAAAAGUCCCCCAAUUGAUUUUUCUUCUUUGAAAAAUAUUGACUGAGAGAGUGAAAAAUGUGAAUUUUGUGGUGAGAGCAGAAGAUAGAAAGAGAGAGGAAAACUAACUUUCCCUAAUUCGAAAGUGAUUUCACCCUUGUGUUUCCGUUUGUGAGUAAAAGAAAAAAUUUGUCCCAGAGAAAUCCCUUUGAUUGAGAUGGCCGGGAAGCACACACACACAAAUUGGAUGUCUAUCAAUUUAUUUAAAAACUAUAUUUACAGAGAAAUUUGAUAUAAGAAAGAGAAAGAGAGAGAGAGGGAUGUAAAUAAGUUGCCACAAGUGAUUGAAGAUUUUCCUGUGGGAUGAAUUUCAGGUUUUUUUUCCUUUUGUUUUGUUUUUUGGCCAAUGAAUUAUGAUAAAAAAAAAUAAGAAUUGUAGAAUAUUCACCCUUCUCCGCAUUUCAAGCUCCUUGCCCUCCCCUCCAUUUUCCUAUUUUUUUUUUGAUAAUAAAACACAGACCUAGACUUAAAA